AAUGUGAAAAAUAACAUAUUUCAGGUGCACAAUGGUUGAAGGAAGCGUGACUAUCCGAACCCGUAAGUUCAUGACGAACCGACUCCUCUCCAGGAGGCAGAUGGUUGUCGAUGUUCUCCACCCUGGCAAGCCCUCAGUCAACAAAACCACCAUCCGUGAGAAGUUGGCUGCUAUGUACAAGUGUACUGCUGACCGUGUCUUCACAUUUGGAUUCAAGACAAACUUCGGAGGCGGCAAGAGCUCCGGGUUCGCCCUCAUCUACGACACCAUGGACUUCGCAAAGAAGUUCGAACCUAAGUUUAGAUUGGUCAGACAGGGAGUUCUUGAGGCCAAGGUGAAGACCAGCAGGAAACAGAGGAAGGAGAAGAAGAACAGAACCAAGAAGGUUCGCGGAACAGCUAAGGCUAAGGUCGGAGCUGCUGCAAAGAAGAAGUAGACUUCGUUCUUCUUCAUCAUUUCAAGAUGUAACCUGGCUUGGAGUCUGUACCUGUACUCUAUCGAGGUGCAUGGGCUGGAAAUCUGCCUGUACAUACAACUGUGCAGUACUUUACAUCUUCUGUUUGCACGGCUUGGAUACCAUCUGAAUAAAGUUUAAAACCUUUCUCAA